AUGUCGGCAACUCUGGAAGCAACAGCCAACCAAAAGAAGACCUUUGGCAAAUCCACGAGAGAGGUCCCUCACCACUCCCAGAAGGCGUCGAAAUGGUACCCUGCUGAGGAUGAGGCCCAACACAAGAAGGUCCGAAAGUCAAUUCGCACAUCCGCUCCUCGCUCAACUCUCACACCUGGUGCUGUCCUUAUCCUCCUCGCCGGUCGUUUCCGUGGCAAGCGCGUUGUCCUCCUAAGCAACCUCCCACAAGGUGUCCUCCUCGUUACUGGUCCUUUCAAGGUUAACGGUGUUCCUCUCCGAAGAGUUAACGCUCGUUACGUCAUCGCUACAUCCUACAAGAUUGAUUUGGCUGGACUUGACUCAAAGAAGAUCGAGGAAGUUUCAGCUGAGGGAUACUUCACCGCAGACAAGGCCGAGAAGAAGAAGGGAGAGGAGGCAUUCUUCAAGCAAGGAGAGAAGCCAGAGAAGAAGAAGCCAUCCAGCAGCCGCGCCGCAGACCAAAAGGCCGUUGAUAAGGCUCUCCUCGCAACCAUCAAGAAGGAACCAUUUCUCAUCUCUUACCUCAGCAGCACUUUCAGCCUCCGAAAAGGUGAUAGGCCACACGAGAUGGUCUGGUAA